AUGGCCGAAGUGGAGCAUCCUCCGCCGACGCCCUUUGGCGCUCGGACAGAACAAGAAAACGUGGAUCCUGGCAGUGUUAGUAUGAAUCUAAGAGAUGCCUUCCUGGCUGGGACUGGUCAGUGUCAGAGCAUAUUGAAUGAAGUGAUUGAAAAAGACGAAGUGUUGCCGUUGGAGAUAUUCGAGAGCAUGGAGCGAGACAUGACCGAACUGCUUUGGCAGGGAUACUUCAGGAUGAAGAAUGGACAAGCGCUAGUAGACGGCGGAUCGAAUCGAAACCGUGACUGUCUGACGCCUCAAGAGUACUACUCUAGCGGAACAGCCAUGUUGCUGGCUGGUUUGUUUCAGUUGGCCAGACCAAGAGUUGUCAUUGAAACUCUUCGCCAUUGUUUGGACGCCAGCGAAAUGGACAAAACCAUGCUGAGUCUGGUGUUGGACCUACGACGAGGGCAUCCUGGAUUGAAGCUGGAGACUUGGGAAAAUGCAUUUGGUUUUGUCUCCACUAUUCAGUCCAACGUGACACAGCAGCAGAAAGAAUGGAUACGCCGCAGCCGACAACUUGGGAUAAAGCCCACGACGAAAGAAUCUCUCGAAGCGAUGUGGAUUAUUCCUUUUUCAUAUAUUGUUGGUUGGAUUUUCUUCCACAUCUGGCGCAAGAACCGCGAAGCGUCUACGCAAUCCUUCACGGGCUCCUGGGAUGCUGACAUUCGCCCAGGGAUCGACAAAAUUCUGCGCGUCGCAUUUCCAAGAAUGCGGUCCCAAGAGUACAUGGAAGCAGGUCUCUUACUCCUCCAGGUUGACUUGCUGAAGGUCAUGCCAAAUGAGACACCGCAAGUUGUGUGUAUCGAGCAAAUUGUCAAGGGGCUGCAGAACUCGAGCGUGUUGAAGCUCUUGGUUACAGCCACAGCAUUGCCAAGCUUCACGCUAUUCGCAGCUUGUGCUGACAAAGUCUUGGGCAGAUUAGACUUUGACGAGCACAGCAGGGUUGCAGCAUCAAGCACAAAGUUGAUGCGAAGGGAGGCUGCCGCUCAUUAUUUGUCAAAACUGAAGGCUGCGAGACCAGAUCCAGAAAAACCCGGAGAGUCCCGUCUCAGCUUGACGGCCUCCAACAACGCAACAAACGAGGAUUCGCAGACGCAGUCUCAUCGUGAGGCUUUGCUGUCAAAUGAGUUUCCACUCCUCGUCUAUAUUGACACGCUACUGGUGAACGAUCGCGUCGAAGACGCUAUUGAUAUUGUUUCGGAUAUGGAACUUUGUCCGCGGUCGGUACUAACCGAAAAUGGCGUAGUCGAUGCAUGGUGCAAAGUGUUCGAAUUCCUUGUCGUCAGCGGUGUAGCAUUUCUGGAUGGCGUGCCCGGAGGGAGGCCCGAGUACACGAACAACCGCAAAAUUCUUCUGGAAAAGCUUGUUGGCGCAGUCGGACACGUGGGCUGGAACUAUAUUCUGGAUGCCUACUUGGAAAUCCUGAACGAGGUUGCUGAACUACCAGUUGGACUGAGCAGCCGAGAAGAGCAGAUUUAUGUUCAGCGUGCGUGUCAUCAAACCGUCUUGCGAAUUCUACAGCAAAAGCACAACGACGAACAAGGGUUGACAGUGUUUCUGUCCGAGUAUUGGAAGCAUGCUGUAACCAUUGAAUGGAAGCAUCGGGGUUCGUGGCCUUUACUCUUGUCAUCGUCGUCGGCCAAAGAACGCAAGGAGUGGGCUGUGGAGCUCCUUGGCGAAAACAAUGAAGUUCCCGAGUCACUGAAACUGAACCACGAUGGGUUGCUCUUACCUGAUGUCGCAGGUUUGCUCAAGCGAAAAGAAGAACCCAAAGAAGUAGCUUGUACCAAGACCAUCAUGACCUCAGCACCGGAUGGGAACACCACGGAGACCAGACAUGAAUAUGAAGUAGGGGCUGUUGACAUCGAGAUCGAUGGAGGCAAUGAUGAGGUCACCAAUGUUCAGGAUUCUGGCGAUGAAGAUCAAGUCUCGAACAAAGCAAAUGAUAAUGCUGCUGACGCCAUUGAGCUCGAAGAUGACGAAGAUAUGGAUGUCGAGGGAGGCCAAGAGGAUGAUGACAUGGGUGGAGACGACGACGAGGAACGAAGCGGCAGUGGAGAAGUUGUUGCUGGGGAGCCUUUGAAUGAGAAUCUGGUGGAAAUCGAUGACGACAGCGACGACGAGGAGGAUGUUGCUGCUACAAUUGCAAGUAUCGUUGGGCCAAAAGGAGAGGAUGGAGAUGGCAAUGAUUCGGACGGCACUGUCGAUGACGAUUACAACGUGGAGCAGAUUCUGUCUGACCACUCAAAUGAACGGCCAGAUGGCGAUGGCGAUAGCGACAACGAGAGGGAGGAAGAAGAACUAUCUCACCACGAUGAUCCCGAAGAAAACCAAGGCGCAGAGCUGCCAGAUUCGGGACCCGAAGUGGUGGACAUGCUGGAUGACUCUGACGAGGAUGACGAAGAAGAAGCGGAAGUCGAACCGUACGAGGACGCUCGAUUGGAAGACGCAGAAGCAGAAGUCUAUGAUGAAGACGCAGAGGAUGCGAAGGGAGACAACGAUGAUGUGCACGACGUUGACAUGGACAUGGACGAAGCGGGCAGUCAAACUGGAUACGAACCAGAGGACACCCAUGGGUUCACUGAAGAAGAAGUAUCAGAAGCUUUCCACACGGAAGACGAGGAGGAAGAAAAACUGGAGUCAACGGUGCAGCAGCCCGUUAUUGACAGCAAAGAAUCUGAGGAAGCGCCCGAGCCUGUCAAGAGACCCCACGCAUCUCUUGAGCCUCAUACCCUUAGUGAUAUGGAUUACGCCGACGAGCAUACAACGGAGCAGAGCGGUCAAGAGGAAGAUCCAGGUGCGGAAUCUUCUGAAUUGGACGAAGCAGAUGGUGUGCCAGCUCAUUUUGACGCGCCCAAGUCGACGGAAAAGGCAAGCGAAGGUGGAACGCUGAAUGAAGGAGGCACGUUGAUGGACUUUGCCCGGCGUGCUCAGGUCCAAAUCGCGGAAAUUGAGACCACUACUACAACUGGAAGUUCCCGGCCAUGGCACUGGACCCAGAAUUCCCUAGCACAGUUGGAGCCACCAACAGGUGAUCCUUCCCACCAGGCUCCGCAAGAUGAUGGGUCACUUCAAGCGUCGGAAACUGACGAGUUGGAAACACCGGCCAAGGUGGUUGUCGACCAUGUACCGGCGGAUGGAACUGGGGCCGACCCCGAUGGUGUCAAGCUCGAAAGCGAGACUCCUGCGUCUCGUUUCCAGCAAGCAUCAGUGAUGAGCUUUGCAGGCACAAGCGCUGCUGUUGGUUCGUUGAGCCUAGCCGACUCCGCAAACUACGAACCAAGUGACGAAGAGGACAACGGUGCCAAAUCCGCGGAGAAAGUUCUGGUUGACUGCGUACCGGGAGCCUUUGGAUCACCCAACAAAGAUCAGGAUGAUGAAGCCGUAGCAGCAACGGACGAUGAUGAUAAGAAGCCAGCUGCCGUAACUCGUGAAACGUUUGGUAUCAAGGAAUCACAAGACGAGGAAAUGAAGCAGGCAACGGACGAGAAGCCUGUUGACGAUACUGCUGUUGUGGCAAUGGAGGUCGACGAGGAAUCUUCGAAGCUGCCGUCACAAGACAAGGAAGUGAAUCAGGCAACGGACGAGAAACCUGUGGACGAUACUGCUGUUGUGGCAAUGGAGGUCGAAGCAACAACAAUUGAACGCGGCGAUGUAGACGAAACGUCUACGGUAGAGCAGAAAGAGAUCCAGUCUACCGAUACAGUUCCUGGCGACCAUGAGGUGGAGGAGGAUGCAGAAGACCACAAAGACCCUGUUCCUGCAGCAGAGCCGACUUGUGAAGAUAGUGAUAAUGAUGUCGCCGCUGCAGAGACAGGAGAAGGCGAAGAUGAAGAUCUUGCUAAUGCAGAACCAUCGAGUGGUGACGUUGCAGCUGACGAGCUCGUCACUUCAGAAGCAGUCAAUGCAGACGAAGUGCCUGUUGAAGGCAAAACGUCGUCAAUCGAAGAGCAGGAAGCGGUCCCCGUCAACCAGGAUGAGAUCAUGGAAGAUAAAAUCGACGAAAGAGAGCAGCAAGAAUCCGGCGACAACGAAACAAAGGGGGAUGAUGGGACGCUGACUGCAGAGCAGCAAGAGGUUUCCGACCCAGUCAGCCAGGACGAGGAUGUCGUUGAAGACAAACUUUCCAACGAGGAGAACAAAGAUUCUUCCACCGCUGAACCUGUUGAGCAGAAAGACCCUCCAGCUGCUGAAGUCGGAGACGACAGUCAAUCAGUUGAAGACCCUUCAUCCACCGCUGAACCUGUUGAGCAGAAUGACCCCCCUGCUGCUGAAGUCGGAGACGACAGUCAAUCAGUUGAAGACCCUUCAUCCACCGCUGAACGUGUUGAGCAGAAAGACCCUCCAGCUGCUGAAGUCGGAGACGACAGUGCACCACUAGGAACAAACAGAGAGACAUCUGGCACUGGGCAGGAUUCCAACAAUUUGCAACCAAAUUCGACCAUCCCCGAAACGCCAGCGUCGCCCGCUGAUGGGCCGGCAACGGAAGCAGAAGGAAGCGAAGUUGUCUCGGAACGCAAUCAAAUGGAAGCAACCGAGGAACCCAGUGUGCAAGAUGCACCAAUGGCAUUGGAUGCUGAGAACGACGAGCGUGAGCAGAGCAAUGUUGUCGUGACUCAAGAUUCAAUGGAAGAUGCAGAGAAGGCUGAAAUCGAAACAACACCAUCAGAACAAGUUUCUGGGGCCGAGGCUGCCGAAGUGGAAAUUCUCUCCGAAGAGGCGGAUGUGGCGGAAAGAGAUCCACCGACAGCAAAUGCGAAAGAUGGUGAUAUCGAUAACGAUGAUGAAGUAGGGGAGAUGGAUGUGGACAACGGCAGUGUCUCUCAGAAUCAUGGGGAGCCCGAGCGUGGAGAUGAUGAUGAUGUGGAAGAAGAUUCGUCGGCAAGAGCCGACAAGGACAACUCCGCCUCAACAGUAGAAGCAACACAAGAAGCUGGUGAGCAAUCCGACGAGUCGUCGCCAGCCAAGAAGGAAGAGACUACUGCGACAUCCAAGGCCGAUCCAGCCGGGGAGAAGGAUUCUGAUGACGAUUCAGUAGAGGAAGGAGCGGGCGAACGAGACCCCAACUACAAUGCGCCCAGUGAUGCCCCUGCUGCUGAUGAGAGUAAGGGUGAUGAUGAUGCAAUGGAUGUCGAUGUUGCGCCGGUGGAAGGUACGUCAACACGAGGCGAACCAGACCCAAGCGAUGCCCCUGCUGCUGGUGAGAUCCGCAGUGAUGACGGCCACGGCAACAACAAAUCGACAUCCCGACGUGACCCACCCGACGGAGCCGAAGAAUCAGUGUAUUUAGUCGAGCAAGAGGUUGCGAAAACAAAGGAGACGGACGCUGAAAAAGCACUCCCUGAUGAUGGAGGGGAGGAUAUGAAUGCAACCCGUGACGUCGAGGAAGCUGACACCGAGCAACCGGUUGCGGACAACGAAGCAAACGCCGCUGACGUUGUUGAUAUUGAUGAAAUCGAAGCUGAACAUACAAAGCAUAAGUCAGUCGACGCGAAAGAGCAAGAGAUUGACGAACAAGCCCCAACGGACAACGAAGCAAACACCGCGGAAACUGAAGGUAUGCAGGAGAAGGAAAGUGACAAACCAACAGAGGACGAAGGCCAAAAGGAGGAACAAGAAGAUCCUGAAAGCUCACCUUUGAACAAAGAUCGUACAAUUGCUGAUUUGGCUGCGAGUCCUGAAAAGCCUGGUGCAGCUCAUGCUACGCCUUCAAUGCAACUGAAGAGGGGCGAUACGGUCGACUCUACCAACACGCUUCGGGGAAAGCAAAUUCACGUGCCUGUUCUUGGUGUUGCCUCGCCAAUGUCUUCCGUUGCCACCAGUGCGGAUGGGAGUUCGAUGCGGUCUCCUCCAAGGCUGCCAUCUGGAUUUGGUCCCCAUGAUGCAAAUGCGGAGGCACCUGAAGAAAAGCAAAGCUCAGACGUACCCCACACGGCGAAGAAGAGUAAUCGCACUCAGUUGCGCGUGGACAGUCAGCACGAUGAAGAGAACUCUGUGGCAAAGGAGGCCGCCGGCUCGUCAACGCCGAAACAAGACCCACCUGAGCUUGGCAAUGACGAAGAGCUCCCAGCUGAUGAAUCCGAACAAGAAGUCGAGACGGAGAAACCCGAAACGAAAACGAGCUCUAAAGAUGAGGUCAAGUCGGAAAAGGACGAUGCAAGCGCCAAAAUGGAAAUCGAAACGGACGCAAAACCUCGCGAAGCGGGACGGCACAGGGCUGAGUCUGUGAGUGAUUUAGAAUCAGAUGCAGCAGGUAGUGAUGCAGAGAGCAGUUUGCAAGAAGACGACGACCCACCAACCACGCGUAAAGCAGCAGCGAGAUCAACACGUUCCAAGAAAAAUGACCCGGCACGAAAAGGAACCAGAUCGGCCAAACGAUUCCGCAAAAUCAGCGAGGGAAAGGAACCGGAUAGCCCUGGGGAAGACGAGAGUGAAGAGAAACCGCCUUCUCGUCCCAAACGCAAACAGAUCAGCGAAGAAAAAACGCGGGAGAAAUCAGAUGAUGAAGGCCCUUCGACAACACGAGCAACCCCUCAGGAUGCACCGGGCAUGCGCCGCACAACCAGGGCACGCGGGAAAACUGCCAAGGCCGACAACGCUGAGACUGAAGGCGACGAGCAGAGUGUCGCUAGGCGUUCGAAAAGGACACGACGCACAGCAAAGGCAGAAGAGGCGAAAGAAGAUGAUGAGGACGAAGGCAGCAUUGUGGCUUCCACGACCAGCCGGGGCUCACGCACUCGUCGCAUGUCUCAACGCACAGCAAAGGCAGAAACCAAAGAUGAGGAUGAUGACGACGACGAAGGCAGCAUUGCGGCUUCCAUGACCAGCCGGGGCUCACGUACUCGUCGCAUUUCUCGACGCACAGCAAAGACAGAAACCAAAGAUGAGGAUGACGACGACGAAGGCAGCAUUGUGGCUUCCACGACCAGCCGGGGCUCACGUACUCGUCGCAUUUCUCGACGCACAGCAAAGGCAGAAACCGAAGAUGAGGAUGAUGUUAGCGUUGCAGCUUCGGCUACAGGAAGCCGUCGAGCAGCACGAGAAGCAAAGUCAAAAGGAGACGAAGAUGAAGUGAGUGUUGCAGAUUCUGCUGCAGGAAGCCGUCGAUCCACGAGAAGCAAGGCAAAGGCCAAAGGAGAAGAAGGUGAAGUUAGCGUUGCAGCUUCGGCUACAGGAAGCCGCCGAGCCACGAGAAGCAAGGCAAAGUCGUCUGAGGAUGACGAAGGCAGCGUUGCCAGCAGGAGCACGCGGAGGUCAGCAAAGAAAGACAAGGAAGAGCCGCAGACAACACAACGUCCUACACGUUCCCGGAAGCGCACAGAUGGCGACGAUGAGGAUGGAGAUGAUGGAUCCGUCACGUCGAAGGGCUCCUCCGCUUCCAGGAAGAAACGGGCAAAGGCAGCGGCAAGUUCGAACGCCACCGAUACGUUGGCCCCCAUCCCCGAGGACAACCCCUUGACGAGCCCUACCAAACCCAAACCCAAAACAGGUAUUAAGCGGAAAACCGAGGAGUCCAAGACAAAAACGAAAUCCCGUGGUAAGACGGCUCCAGCAGCGACGGCAGAUUCAGAUGAUGACUCGGAUGACGAUGACGAACCAAUCGCCGUGAUUAAACGAAGAAAGGCCGAAAGCGACACAGAGAGCGAAAAGUCGGCACGAAAGCCAAAAGCCACCACUAGGACCCGCGCGAAAGCAGCGACCAAAGCUGACAAAGAGACUACUGGGACUCCCGCGUCGGCUGCGUCGCGACGCAGCAAAAGGACUACGCGCCAGACGAAGAAAUAA